ACGACGACGGCGGCCGCUAUGAUGACGAUGUGGUGUUGUUUAAUAAAUAAUGAGAACCAUACCUUACAACAGUUGCCUGCACGCAGUGCUUCUGCUCACUUUCGGUCCGGAAUCUAAUCUCCCGUGUCAUUCAACACAAGAAGAUACGGGGCCCUCCACCGCCGCCGGCGCGCAAUUCAUAUCGCCAUCAUCACAGUCAGUCAAGUCACGGUGAACCUGGACGUGAAAUCGCAAUGUCCACAUCAUCAUCAGCAGCAACAACUGCCGCCAGUUAUUGACCUUGGUGGGUAUAGUCUCGCUCGCGGUUGGUCCAACAGAUCUUCGCCUUCAGAGACGACGGCCGUCGUCGAGUGCGGAGUUAACUGUAUUUGGUGGAUAACGAAAACGUGCAUCUUUCAUCUCGCCAAAACGAGAAGUGCCUCAUCGAAUGCAGGGCUGUUGACUAACUGUAUAGUGCUUGGUGGCUCUCGAUACUGUUUUGCUACGCUUGGUGUUGUUGUUGUUGCUGUUUGACCAUCUCCCAAGGUCCAAAGUAAAAAGUUUAGUCCGGCUCUAUGGACUUUCCCGCUCGUCGAAUGUGUUCGUUCAUCGAGAGCCGAAAGUGCCUUUCCGAACAGUAUUUUUUUACUACAACAACCGUUAAUCCGUGAAUGUCGCGAGUGCCAAUGAAUGAGGAAGCGUAAGUUAGGUAGAAGUGGAUCAUCAAUCGUUGCAUUGUUUUGUUUUCGUUGAUUCUGGUUAUUAUUAGUGCACCGCAUUUGAUAUCGUUCGGGCGUACGUGUGUGGAAUUGCCGACCGACCGACCGACGACGAGCGACUCGUAAUCGAAUUACGAUGUCAACAUUUUUCACCACUAACCGCCAUGGUUACAGUGUCCGCUUCUCCCCCUUCAAUCCGGACCAGUUCGUGGUGGCAUCUAGUCAGUUCUACGGCCUGGCCGGCGGUGGAACCCUCUACUUUCUGGAGCUCGGUCCGGACGGCAACUCGAUCGUCGAGAAGCGCACCCACCACUGGACGGACGGGCUGUUUGAUGUGACAUGGUCCGAAUCGAACCAGGAGAUUGUGGUAUCCGGUUCCGGCGACGGAAGCGUCCAGCUGUGGAACACCAGCUUGAGUGCCAACAACGGGCCACCGCAAAUGGUCUACCGAGAGCAUAAGAAGGAAAUCUACAGCGUUGACUGGAGCAAGGUGCCAUACGAACAGUUGUUCAUCAGUGCCAGCUGGGACAGCACGGUGAAGAUUUGGGAUCCUAUCAGGAACCAUUCGCUCAGUACCUACAUUGGGCACACGCAGCUAGUCUACAAUGCAGUGUUUGCGUCGCAUAUCCCGAACACAUUUGCCAGCGUCAGCGGCGACGGGAUGCUGAAGAUCUGGGACAUUUUGUGCUAUGAUUUGCCGAUCGCUAGCAUCAAGGCUCAUGAGGGGGAGGUCCUAACCGUGGAUUGGUGCAAGCACGACUCUAACGUUCUGGCGACCGGUGCUUCGGAUGGUCUCAUUCGGAUAUGGGAUCUGCGCAACUUCGGCAUCCCUAUUGCCGAACUGAAGGGUAACGAGUUUGCCGUAAGGAAAGUACAAUUUUCACCGCAUAAUCUGUCGGUGUUGGCCAGCGUGGGCUAUGAUUUCACUACCAGAAUCUGGGACUUCAAGAAAACCAACGAGGCUAUCGAAACGAUCAAGCACCACUCGGAGUUUACCUACGGGCUGGAUUGGAACCGAAGGCGACCGAACCAGCUGGCGGACUGCGGUUGGGAUUCUUUGGUGCACGUUUUCAAACCGGACUGUUUGGCUGAUAAAAUCUAAAAAAAAAAAAAGGAAAACAAAAACACAAAAGAGAAGCGAAAUUCACUCAGCCACCCACGCGAGCAACGGUUUAAACAAAAUUCGAAAAAAAUCGGGAAAGCGACAAAACAGUAAACCAAAUUGUGAUUUAGGAUGUAAGUAGUCUAAAAGGAACAACAAUUGGACAAAUUUUAGGCGGAAAAGGUCAAAAAUUAAUUUUCGGGCCAGAAGUACAUAAUUGUAUUAUACACUCAAAACAGAAGAUAAAAAAAGAAAACUAUCGGCUAUCGUUAAGUGGGAAAAAAUAUAGAUGUUUCGGUCACUUGGUGUAAUGUAAAAAUGGAAUAGAUUUGUGGGAAAAUGGGUUAGUGAUGGAAAUGGAAAACGAAUAUAUAUGCCAAAAAAUAGUCAUAUAGGAGAUCAUUCGAGUCAUUUUAAGUUAAGGGCGAUGGUUUAUAUUAAACUGUAAGAUUGUUUUCUAUUAUAUUUAUUUGUAUGUACGAUACAGAGUACUAAAUAGUUUUGUACAGAAAAAAGUGUCAAAAUUAGAGAAAAUUAGAUAUUUUUUGGCUAAAAAUAAAAUAAAUUGUUUCAGACCAUAACCCAAAAUAGCUUCUGUUGUUCAGUGUCUUGUAAAAUCUUAAAAGUAUAGUUUGAAUAAAGCACAAUAUUUCACAUGUUUCGGGAA